AUGCUAAAUGAUGAUUGCCUGCUACUAAUAUGCGGCGAACUCUCGAUUCGAGACCAAUUUGUUCUACUUCAGCUGGAGGAUGCGAGACUUGGACAUUUGAUACUAGAUAUUUGGAAACGGAAAUAUGGCAAACAAUUCGAUUGGCAUCACUAUCACGAGGAGGAGCAAUUAAAGUUACUAAGCGCCAGAGAACAGAGUCAACUGCUGCAUCAUAUGGCAAACCGGACGCAGGCUCUGCUCAAUCUCCAUGGCAGCUGUAGUGAGGUGUGCUUGGACUGGUUAAGCCGGAUACGAGGCAACAGACAAUGUUUGCCUCGCAUGUUGAAGAUGAGCUUUAGGGAGUGCAAUUCGUUGCUAUUGCGGCAAUUGCCCGAAAUUUGCAUCAACAUUGUGCACCUGCAAUUGGGUUGGGGUGUGGGACUCAAGCCUGCGGAUCUCGGCAUUCUUUUUGGCCAACUAAAGCAACUGACUGUGUUUGAAUUACACACGAAAGGGAGUCGAAAUCAUAAUGGGCAUGGAAAUCGCUCUGACUACAACUACAACUGCGUUGACGACAAUGACAACGACGAGGACUACUCGUGGACUAACAUCAAAUAUGGACAAACAUUGCAAACGCUAAAAUUGCCAGCGUGCAUUGUGCGUGCCACAGCCAUGGAGAUCCACCAAUUGCCACAGCUGCGGCAAUUGACAGGCUUUCUGUGUUGUUGUUCAGCUUCCACAGAAUCUGCUACUCCGUCUGCUACUCUGCCUGCCGAUGACAAAGCAAAUGCAGCUGGAAACGAAGCAGCCACCAACAUCAUCUCUGCCUGCCUACAGGCAUUGCAUGGCUGUCAAAUUGUGGGACUACAUUUGCAAUGUCAACUCGAUGCUAGCCUGCCACGUCUCUUACUUUCGGGGGCACAGACAGGAGCGGUGCGCCUGCAUCGGCUUGCCUGGCAUUCACAGCUGACGGUGCACUAUGAUGCCAUGGAUGGCAGCAUCAAGUGGCUGCCACAGCAGCCGCAAGUGGCGCAUGCUUUGCUACCAUUCAUUGCCAGCCAGGCGAAAAGUUUGCAUGAAUUGGAUUUCACGCGCAAUAUCCAUGCCACACCCACAUUUCUCACAAAACUUGCCAAGCUAUUGCCUAGAUAUCGAAGCCCAGCGUUAGAUGAUGACGAUGAUGAUGCUUCUACUCUAUCACCCUCUUCAUCCUUAACCCCCAUUUCCGUUUGGCAUGACAAUUGCUCAAGGGUAUCUACUGCUACGGAUGCAACAGAGACAAACGAUUUGGCCUUUGUGGAUUUGGAAUUGCAGCGUUUGCUUAAUGAACAUGGCCAAGAUACAUAA